AUGAGCUAUGAUGAAGACUUCAACUUUGAUGAUUUGAAUAAUGAUUAGUUUUGUUUUGUUUAAGAAGAUUAGUUUGAGAAUGACAUAUUAGAUUAAAACAAUUAAUUAUAGUUUGAAUGUGAUUAACUUAGAGAUAUAGAGUAAUUAGAGGAAAUAUAUUUUAGUUGUUUAAACGAAAUAAAUCAAAUUUCUGAAAAUUUAGAUGUAAUUUAGAAAAUGUCAUCAACUCAUAAUUUUGAUAUUGAAAACAACUCAGGUUUAUUUCACAAAAAUUAGUGUUUCAAUAAUUAAUAUAAAGUGGAUGAUUGUACUUUUGAAUCUAGAAGUAGAAGUAGAAGUAGGGAGAUUGAAAAAAAUGUAAACUAUUAGUUAGAAUAGAAUUUAGACUGGAAAAAUGAAAAAAUGGACUCAAUAAGAAAAUGAUUUAAUAGCAAAUUUGUAUUAUUAAUUUAAUGGAGAUUGGCAGAGGAUUAUUGAGAGAAUGCCAGGAAGAACUUUGACAUAAUGUAAAUAGUAUUGGUAGAGAAAACAUAAAUCUGAAUAACCUAAGAAAAGUAAAUGGACUGCUGAAGAAGAUUAAAUAAUAAGGAAUAAUGUUAAUAAGGAAGAAAACAAUUGGGCAACAAUAGCUGGAAGUAUAUAUAAUAUUAUAUGUUUGACAGUAUUAAAAACUAAAACAGGGAAACAAAUAAGGGAGAGAUAUAUAAAUAAGUUAAGAUCAGAUAUUAUUGAUAUCAAAUAAUAGCCAUGGUCUAAUUUAGAGGAUCAAAAAUUAAUGUAGUUAUAUAAAUAAUUUGGAUCUAAAUGGUCUUAGAUAGCUCGAUAGUUUUCUGGAAGAUCUGUAAAAUAAAUGAAUUUAAUUUUUAGGAUUUGUAAAUCAAAAAUAGAACAAAUAAAUUAUUAAAAACUUAAAGUAGUACAUAACCUUAAAAUGAAUAACUUAAAUUAUAAUUAGAGAAUCUGGAGAGUUAUCUAGAAUUAGAUAAAACUUGUGAAAAAUCUCAAAAUAAACCUAAAUUUGAAUUUCCAUAAUAUAAUUCUUAUUCAGUCUCUUCUCAAUUCAUUUAAUGA